UGAGUCGUGAUUAUUCAUUUGACAGCACUCAUUUUAACUUUAUUUGAAAAAACUGUCAGAGGAGUAAGUUGAUUUUUAAUAUCACAUAUAUUUAGAUAUUUUGUUAAUUGCAUUUCACUGCCGUUGUCGUCUGCGCGGUGUGCUGAUGUUUACUUGUAGCUGAUGUUGUCGCUCUCUGCGCCGUUAGGAGGGAUUUCUCCCGAGGAUCUGGCCUCCCGUCUCAGUCCGCGGUGGGAGCUGAUGGAGGCGCGAUGGCUCCGUUUCCCGACGAGGUGGAUGUCUUUACCGGGCCUCACUGGCGCAUGAAGCAGCUGGUGGGGCUCUACAGCGAGAAGCUGUCCAACACCAACUUCUCCAACAACAGGGACUUCCGCUCGUUUCUGCAGUCGCUCCUGGCCACGUUCACGGAGUUCAAGAUGCACGAGCAGAUCGAGAACGAGUGUAUCAUGGAGCUGCUGCAGGAGCGCAGUCACACCGUCUACCACGUCCACGCAGACAACAAGCUCUCCGAGAUGCUCUCGCUCUUCGAGAAGGGGCUGCGCAGCGUCAAGAGUGAGUACGAGCAGCUCAAUUACGCUCAGCAGCUGAAGGAGAGACUGGAGGCCUUCACUCAGGACUUCCUUCCUCACAUGAAGGAGGAAGAGGAGGUGUAUCAGCCCAUGCUGAUGGAGUACUUCACGUACGAGGAGCUGAAGGCCAUCAAGCGUCAGGUGAUGCUGCAGCACUGCACUAAUGGCUCGUGGAGCUCCGCCGCAGACGUCCUGAAGGGCCUGAACCUCUGGAGUCACGCCGAGGAGCUGCACAAGGUCUUCAAAUACUCCGACCACGAGAAGACCGAGCGCGAGCGAGGCGAGCGCGUGUCCGUCUCGGCCCUGCCUCAGGAGCUGCUGCUGAGGAUCUUCAGGUUCCUGGGGCCCGAGGACCUGUGCCGCUGUGGACAGGUGAGCAGCGUCUGGGCUCAGGUGGCCAGGACCGGCUCUCUCUGGAGACACCUGUACCCCGUCCGCUGGGCUAGAGGUGACUAUUACAGCGGUCCUCCGGGCGAGUCUGACCAGGAGCCGGAUGAGGAUUGGGUGAAGAGUCUUCAGGACGUGGGACGAGCCUAUCAGGAGUGGGACGAGGACGCAGACGUGGACGAAUCAGAGGCGGCGUCGGUGGAGUCUCCAGACAUCAGUGCGGUUCAGAGAGAGAAGAGGCUGCUGAACGGGCUGCUCCAGGACCUGCUGCCCGCCGUCGGUCCCUCUGUGCGCUCGCUCAGUCUGGCCUACAGCUCGGCCGUCUCCAGCAAGAUGGUGCGACAGAUCCUCAGUUUGUGCCCAAACCUGACUCACCUGGAUCUCACUCAGACUGACGUCUCCGACUCUGCCUUUGACAGUUGGGCGGAGUUGGGAGCGUGUCGUACUCUGGAGCGGCUGGAUCUCUCCGGAUGCGACAAAAUCACGGAUCGCACGCUAAAGAUCCUGUCGCUGGGAUUGGGCGACUUAACAUCGGCCUGCCCGGACCGAGAAGCCAAGCUGCUGAAAGCCCCGCCCUCUCCCAUCAAAUUCCAGGAUGAGUGUCCCCUCCCACCGAUGGGACGCAGCUGCCAGGAUCUCAUUUUCAAGCGGAGACCCGGCGGGCGUGGCUCCGGCUGUGGCCCCGCCCACGUCUGGGUUCUCGACCCGGCCAAACUCGCCGACAUUGAGGAUGCGGCCGAUUGGAGAAGGCGAGGCGUGUCCGUGCAGGAAAGUGGGCGUGGUUGUAUUUUAGAGCCGCAGGGAGGCGUCGGCUCGUGCUGCUGUAGGAGGAGCCGGAGGCGGAGCUUCAGGACUGGUAUUAGCUCCUCCCCCUGGCAGUAUGGCUCUAUGGGCGAGGCCCUCUGUGGUCACUCUACCUGCUGCACCUCUGACACGGCGCUCUGGACUCUGAAAGAAGCGCGCUCAGACCUCCAGGCCACCGGGGGCAGUGUUGAGUUUUGGACUAAAUGCUCGUUUGAGGGUGAAUCUUGCCCCGAGCGUCACAACAGGACUGAAAAAUCAGGAGCCUAUCGGGGACUCAGGUUCCUCAGCCUGUCGGGAUGCUAUCAGAUCACGGAUCUCGGCCUGAGGUGUCUGUCUCAGCGUGGAGGACUUCCUCUGCUGGUUCAUCUCAACCUCUCCGGCUGUCUGCUCAUCUCGGGGGCGGGGCUUCAGGAGCUGGUGUCCGUUUGCCCCUCCCUCAACAUUGAGCACUUUUACUACUGCGAUAACAUUAACGGUCCUCAUGCCGACAAGGCCAGCGGAUGUCAGAAUCUUCAGUGCGGCUUCAGGGCUUGCUGUCGAUCCGGAGAGUGACGCUCUUGUCCCUGUAUCGGUCUCUUUCCCCCCUCCACCUCUCGCCCCGUGUCCCUCUCUCGUCUCUCAUCCAUGUGCACUUUAACCGGGAAAUUGGUUCAGGAUGGUCUUCGACGCAAUUUAUUUCCCUAAAACCAAAAAAACGCUUCAAAUAAAAGAAAUUCGGCAUUCGUAAACCAA